GUUGAUCAUACCUCACCAGCCUUGGCCAUCCAGCUGAUGAACAUGAAACGGGACCUCCCCACAGUCCCAAUUUCGAUCACUGAAACGCGUCUUGACCAUUAUAAAAUCAUCUACUAUUUACUUCGCUUCCCAGGGACACAGACAUGGUUGAGCACGACCGUGACAGCGACUUCGUCACAGCCAACGUGGACUAUUUCAACAAGGCGGCUAGCAACUAUGACAAAUCUCCCUUACUGACAGAGUUGAUUGAAAAGCAAGCUGCAUUCAUCCUCUCAGAUGGAUGGUCCUUCGAUCCAGAGUCGACGACCGUACUGAACUUCGCGUGUGGCUCAGGUUUAAUGGAAAGGAACCUCGUCGCCCACUGCAAGUAUAUCCAAGGCGUUGACAUUAGUCAAGGCAUGGUCGACCAAUACAACAAGACGGCCGAAACUCUUGGAGUCUCUUCCAAGAUGAGCGCAAUUGCUUACCAACUCAAAGGUCUACCAGAGGAGUUGGAAGGACGCAAAUUUGAUAUCGUACUAUGUACCAUGGCUUACCACCAUUUUGAAUCCACCGAAGAGAUUACCCGCAUCCUGACCUAUUUCCUCAAACCCGGGGGGACCCUCUUGGUCACCGGUCGAUUGAUCCCGGAUGCCGUGUCGCAGGUUGCGGACAUCCCGGAGCAGUACAAAGCCAUCGUUCCCCACAGAGCAGGAUUCUCAGAGGAAGAUAUGAGGAAGCUAUUUGAAGGAGCUGGGCUUGGGUCGUUCUCAAUGAAUGUCAUUCCUGGCGCCACUAUGGACGGCUUCUUCCCGGGAACGACCCACCCGAAGUUGUUCUUGGCAAGAGGUAUUAAGUCGUUUUAGGUUGAGCACCACGUCGCCCGAGGCCUCAUGUUUGUAUGACUAUGGCAUUGGAUGGAGACAUUUUCCCGAGGUGCUGCAAAAUAGCAAUCGGUUGAGUCGUAGCGAGAGUUCCGUUUCUUACCCAUGACGGUUUAUCUUGUUAUCUAGCUGUCAAAGUUUGGUAGAUGUCUCCCUGUUCAAAUUGAUAGUUCCUGUGAAGCUCGGAGUAUAGAGGGCUGAGAAGGCGACAGGAUCCUGGAGCAGGUCCUGAAGAUAAUGUGACCAG